GUAUAACUCUCAGAUCCAUGGCUUCGUUGAGCAGAGGCGCCCCGGCGGGGGUCAGUCCCAGAUGGUCAAUGGCCGGAGCAGGGACCAGGGGGCUGAGCACAGCCCGCACCCCGACACCUCCAUGGUGCUGCUGAGGAAGGGACGGUGCUCUCUGUCGGACUCCUCCCCGGUGCUCAUGGUGGACGAGCUGUUCUGUCAGCAGCCUCAUCAGCUGAGCUUCCCCGAGACGACCCUGCGCAUCAUGAUCACGCAGCACUUCUCCCCUCGAACCCGGCUCAGCAUGGCGGGCAGGAUGCUCAUCAAUGAGAGACAGAGGCUGAUCCGCACCAGCAGCCCAGGCGGCAGCAGCAGGAGUGGAGCAGGCCCAGAGACCCCAGUGAAGGAUGGAGCUGGAGGGAGGGCCUGGCCUCUGGAGAAUGGGGGAGCCUUGGACAAUGAGAGGCAUCUCCUGGAGGAGCCGAGUGAGAGGAGAGAGGAGAGAGAGGGGCCAGCGCAGCGGGAGGAGGAGAGACCCCUGGAAGGAGAAGAGGAGGAGGAGGGGGAGGAAGAGGGGGGGGUCUUCCAUCCCUUUCACAUUCCAG